GCCUUCCGGCAAGGAACCAGAGAGGCACCUCUGGCUAUAAAUCUGAACACAGGGCUCAGAAGAAAGAAGCCUGAAUUUUCAGCUGUAAACACACCUUAAAUGCUGAGGUCAUCUUGACUGCCCUGCUCCAGGGAGCUGCCACUGAGUUCACAGUCUCUUCGCUGAUUUCCUUCUUUCUGGUGAAACCUAGAUAAGAUCUGGACUUUGGAUAUCUUUAAUUCUUCUUUUGUUCCAGCCCAGGAAACAUGAAACUUCAGAAACUUAUCUUAUCUGUCCUUGCACUCACCUUUAGCACCAUCUCCUUUUUUAUCGGGGUUUUGAUUGGGAAAGGACCGACCCACUACCUUCCAUAUUAUCUUCCAUGCCCAGAUCUCUUUGCUUUGAAACUACAGUACAGAGAGGAGAAUUCGCACCAGCUUUUCCCACAAUUCUUUUAUCCACAGCCAAAGUCUGUGCAACAGACGCGCUCUGAUGUGCUCACCGUGACUCCGUGGCUGGCCCCCAUUGUCUGGGAGGGGACAUUCAACCCUGAAAUCUUGGACAGCAUCUACAAGCCUUUGAACCUUACCAUUGGAAUGACUGUCUUCGCCGUUGGAAAAUACAUACGAUUUGUGAGCCAUUUUUUGGAGUCAGCUGAACAGUACUUCAUGGUGGGAUACCGUGUGAACUACUACAUCUUCACAGACAACCCCAAAGACAUCUCCGUUGUCCGCCUGCAGCCUGGGAGAACCCUCCACCUCAUCCCUAUAAAGAAAUAUGCCCACUGGCAAGAAAUCUCCAUGCGCAGGAUGGAGGUCAUAAACCGGUACAUCUCAGAUACAGCCCACCGAGACGUGGACUAUCUCUUCUGCCUGGACAUUGACACGUUGUUUCUUAACCCGUGGGGCCCAGAGACCUUGGGGGAGAUGGUGGCCGUGAUCCACCCAGGCUACUACAAGGUCUCUCGGACAGCAUUCCCAUAUGAGAGGAGACCUGCUUCCAUGGCCUAUAUCUCUAAGGAAGAAGGAGACUUCUACUAUUGCGGGGCGGCCUUUGGAGGCCUGGUCAAGAAUGUCUACGAGUUCACCAGGGCUUGCCACAUGACCAUAUUGGCAGACAAGGCCAACGGCAUCAUGGCAGCUUGGCAAGAGGAGAGUCAUCUGAACAGGCACUUCCUUUCCCAGAAGCCUUCAAAGCUCCUCUCUCCAGAGUACCUUUGGGACGACAGAAAGCCAAAACCACCUGAGCUGAGACUCAUACGGUUCUCAUCAUUGAGCAAGAAUAAUAGGGAGGUCAGGGACUGACCCUCGUUGGGUCCAUCUUGGCCUCACUGUGUAUUUAUGGGCAGGGGAGCCCUUGGGAUCAAAUUAUUUGGACCUGCAGAUCCGUUGCUGAGUUGGCAAAAUCAGACACGUCCCCCAACCCCUGCCGAGAGUGCCACCCCUUUCUCACAGGCUCUGGACCUGGUGUCUUC